AUGGCAAAACAACUGUUAAUGGAAAUUGUUUCCGAGAUCAAACAAGCAAAAUACUUCUCCAUUAGCGUUGAUUCAACCCCUGACAUUAAUCAACUGACCUUUAUAGUCAGGUAUGUGGGAUCACACGGAAGACCAAUCAAGAGAUUUAUCAAUUUUGUUGAGGUCCAUUCACAUAAAGCAGAAAAUUUAGCCAAUGUAGUGAAAGACGUCAUAACUGAAGAUCUAAGCCUUGAUAUUAGUAACCUUCGUGGGCAAAGUUAUGACAAUGCCUCUAAUAUGGCUGGUGCAUAUUCAGGUUUGCAGGCCAGAAUCAAAGAAUUAAAUGAACUUGUCCAUUUUGUGCCAUGUACUGCCCAUUCACUAAAUCUUGUUGGAGUCUCAUCAGUGGACAGUUGUCUUGAUGCAAUAACGUUCUUUAAUUUCCUACAAAACCUGUACACAUUCUUUUCAUCCUCCACACACAAAUGGGACUGUUUAGUUCAGGCUAUAGAGAAAGGAGGUCUAGUGGUCAAGUGUUUGUCAAACACUCGUUGGAGUGCCAGAGCUGAUGCAGUUAAGGCUGUUAGAAACCAUUAUUGCGAAAUCAUGAACUCUCUCCUUAAGAUUAGCAAAGAUAGAACCCAGAUAAUGACUACAAGGGCUGAAGCGGGAGGCCUGAUCAAACAAAUGGAGUCUUUCGAAACUGCUCUGAUGACAGUUAUAUGGAGCACUAUAUGA